AUGUUAAGUGCAUUAUUUGUUGAAGACAAUGAAGUAGCAGUUGAUGAAUCUUUAAUUAAUAAAGAUCCUGAAUUGGCCUGUAAGUCUCUAAUAUCACAACAAUCUAAGGGUAACUUCAAUCAAGAUCUCUUAUUCCCUAUUUCUAACGCUAUCAUGACAUCUAAGAAUAAUAAGGUUAAGAGGUUGUUUUACUAUUAUAUGGAGACUAUUGUUAAUGAAGAAGCUUUUAUUAUGUGUAUUAGUCAAGUUAAUAAAGAUCUUGAAAGUCCUAAUGAAUAUGUAAGAGGACUGGCUUUAAAGUUAGUUAGUAAAUUUAAUCUUGAUCACAUCAAUCUUAACAUCAUUAAAGAAAAUCUUAAUCACAAUUGUUAUUAUGUAAGAAUGAAUGCUGUUAGUUGUUUAAUUACAUUAGCAUUAAGGUUUUCAUUUGAUAUUAAGAAUGAUUUAAUUAGGUUAUUAACUAGUGAAAGAAAUAGUAAAGUUAUUAAUGUUAUCUUUGCUGGAAUGAGCCAAUUAAAUAUUUCAAUAGAUCAGUACUUAAAUGAAAAUUAUUCAAAUGAAGUUUUAAUUAUGUUAGUUAAGUUGACUGAGAAUAGUCAGUUUAUUAGUAAAUUGAUUAGUUCUGAUAACAAUGAAUUAACUUUUAUUUCUAAUUGUAAGUUAAUUAAGAUUGGUUUUAUUGAUAAGGCAAAUUAUCAGAGAAUUUUAGGAAUUUUAAAAUUUAACACUAAAUUUAGAAAAGACUUCUUGCCUUACAUUGAAUACUUAAAUGAAGAACUGUUAAUUAACAUUCUUGAGUUGGUUGAUCCAUUUGAGUAUCAGUUUAGUACUAAAAUUAUUGACAAGUGUAUUAAUGAAGUUUCUAUGAAGAAUCAUUCUUUAAUCAAUGAUGUUCUAUUUAGAAAGUAUAAAGAUACUAGUUUUACUGAAGGUGAUCGUUGUGUAUUCAAGAUUAUGUUAUUAGAAAAGAUGUGUAUAUUAACUAAAAUAUGUUACAUCUAUAAUGAUGAGUUAUUAGAUGAAGCUUUAACUGCUCUUAAACAAAGUGAUCAACCUGAAAUAUUAUUUGCUUAUCUAAAGUAUGUAGGUGAAAUUCAACAAGUCAGUAAUGAUGAUAAAAUUACCAACAGUUUAAUUGAUUUAAUUUUAAUUGUCAAAUAUGGAAAGAUUCUUAGAACUUGUCUUGAUGUUAUUUCAUAUAAUGUGAAUGUUGAUAAUUAUACUAAGAUUGUUGAUUUGUUUAUUGAUUUAUUAAAUGAUAAAUCAUUAGCUAAUUCUUUUGCUGAUAAAUUCGAAACAUUUAUACUUUCAUAUAUUUGCUUAUCUGUUUGUUCUAUGUAUAAGAAAGAAUUUGAUUGUAAGGCUAAAGUGAUUGCUAUGGUUCUCAAAAGUAUACAAUUUGGUAAAGAAUCUAGAAUUAUGGAUGCAUCAUCUCAUUCAACCUUAUUAACUGUAUUAAGAAGUUUUAUUAAUGAUAGUUGUGAUUAUAAACCAACAGAUUUACUAAUUGAGAAAGUUAGUGAAAAAUCAGUAUUUGAUGUAAUUAACUUUAAAAUUUUAAAUAGAAAUUCUAUUAGUCAUGUUAAAAAUAUUAGUGAAUCUACUGAUGCAGUUAAUACAUCUACGGUGCAACUUACUAGUAUAAGUGAUCCUUUAUAUGUUGAAUGUAAUGUUAGUUUUAGUAAAUAUGAUUGUUUAUUAGAUUACUUGAUAAUAAAUCAAACAAGUCAUACUUUACAAUCAUUAGAAUUUGAUUAUGUUUACUCACCACAACUAUCACUUAUUAAUGGUAAUUUUCCUUUAUCGAUAGCACCUGAAUCUGCUAUUACAGUUAAAAAUCAAUUUUCAGUUCUUGAAAGUAGUUCAUCAUUUAUAUCAGGUACAAUUUCUUUUACUUACAGAGAUAAUAACAUUCUUAAGCAAUUCUAUCAACACUUGUCUGAAAUCAAAUUAGACAUUAAAAACUUUUUAAUUCCAACAACAACUGAUUUCAUUGAGAAGUGGAAAGCACUAGCAUGGGAGAAUGUUUAUAGCGCUGAACUUGAAUUAAAUGAUCUUGACAUAACAUUACAAAAGCUUAUUAAAUCAGUAAAUGGAAACUUAUGUGAUAAACAAUCAAUAUACAAUUUUUUAGUAGCAAAUGUUGCUUGUCAAACAAUUCAAAAAGGACUUAUAUUAAUUAAUAUUUGUAUGAAUGAGAAGAGUGGAAUAGAAAUAAGAGUAAGAUCAUCAAAAGAAUCAGUAGUUAAACUAAUAAGUGGUUUAUUAAGAAAUACCAUUAAGAGCUUAUAA